CGUCGCCUUGACCCCGGUUGCGACUGUUCGCGCUGUACGAUCCGCAAAGCCUUGGGACACCAUUAGCGCGACUCGCGGUCAUUGAACCACGUUGGUUUCUUGCCAACAAGGACUUGCUCGUUACUGUUGCCGUCAUUCAUAUCGACAGUCCCUACCGGCAUACAGCCAGCGAAGCCACUGGCUCUCUCUGAUCCAUCCAAUAAUAUAGGCCUGCAUGGCUCCACGUUGGACAUCCAAUGGAGGGUUCGAAUCAUGGAGCCUAUGGUAGAACGCAGAAUAUACCGAGUGGGAGAGCACUGGAGGGCAGAGCAAGUGUAGAAUCACCGAGGUUGCAGCACAAGCGGUCUAUGCCGACCGUUCGCAAUGCUAGUCAGCCACUGUCCAGCAUGGCAAUGGCGGAUCGUAGACUAGGCAACAUGGGCGGCAGCAGCAGGGGUGCAGGAGAUGGUGGCCAGGCAAGGAAAGGCUCCCUACGCAACGUCGUGCGCAGGAUCUUCGGUAGGAGGUCUAAUGAAGUAGAACCGCAGCCGCAAGUGAGAAGUCCGCCACGACAUGCUUAUCACGCCUCCGAACCUCCAAAGCUUGCAACACAGGCCGAAGAGGCGUCCCUGUCAUCAAAGGAGCACAGUAUGCCGCAGAGGACGUGGUCUGUCCCAAUGGACGUUCUGCCGUCCCCCACCUUCGAACGUACAAGGUCUCCGUACGCGGUCGAAUUCCCACAAAGUGCGAAGCUGAAGCCGAUCAAGCUGGGCGAUCCGUUCAAUGCUCCUGGAAGUAAAUUGCGCCGGCGGAAGACGCUACCGAGCGUACUGCUCAAUGAAGCUGAGGCAGCCGCUGUGAGAGCAGUGGUAGAUGAGCCACCGAUGCCGGAGGGCAGCGGAGAAACACCCUCUCCUGAUCUCUCUCGGAAGUUCAGUGUCCGCAAUGCUAAAAGGAAGUCCAGAAGUGCGGGUGAUCUCAAGGGCGUUCCGAUCACGAUGAGCCCGGCGCGCAACAGAAGCGACGAAAUUCGAUACUGGCGCGAGAGCUUUCAAGGCGCCGCGUUUCGAACAAGCGUGGUGCGCACAAGCGGUUUCACCGCGAAGGACUUUUCGGGUACACGUUACGAAGGUGGUGCGGCAGAAAGGAUGCCACUGGCACACGUUACUGAUGACCCUUUCCGUCCACAGAGUUCAACAUCCCCAGGCAUCGCGAGCGGCUCCCCCAUGCUUCAUGGGGCUUCAGUGAGCGACGCAGACGUACUCUCAGCAGCAGCUUAUGGUACCGAGCUUUCAGGCGACCUCGAAGAUCGCGUGGCAAGGCUGGAGACAGGAUUGCGAAGCUUUCAGCAGGCCAUAAGCCGCCUCACCGCAGAUCGAAACCGCCGCACAGUGCUCGUAGGUAGCGCACCGCAGCGGCGAUCGUCAACAGAUGCAAGGACGCCGAGCAUGCUCGCCGAUACAUUGGCCGGGCCGCUCAUGGAGGCUACAUGGCACUUUGGCUACCCAGAGCCUGAGCGACCUUCCACCUCGCCACCGCCGCCGAUGACGCCCGUGCACGGGGCUACUCGUCGACGGCCGGCACCUGCGGCUCAAGCAGAACAUUUAAGCGGCGGCUUUCACACGCCGUCCCCGCCACUGGCAGUCCAGCAGCAGCCCGCCCAAGCGUCAAGCACUGCCGGUACUCAACCGCAGCCGUACACCUUCCGCUCGCUGUAUGAGAUGCUAGCGGACGAACGCUCAGCCCGACGACAAUUGGAACGGCAGAUCCGAAGCAACGAUGCCCAGAUCCGCAAUAUGCGCCAGGAGAUCACGGAUCUACAAUACCAGGUGUCUAUCGGCUCGCAGGUUCAAAGCCAUCGGAGCAGUUAUACUCCACUAGAUCCAACAAUAGGUUCGAGUCGGCUGCGCGAGCUUCUGCGCGGUACCGAAGCCUCGCCACCGGGUACUGCUGAGGGUCGCCUACAGCAGGGUGGUCGACAGCAACGAGACUCGAACAUGACCGGUCAGACUGGACAUUCUGUCAGCGCGAACCCGGGUAUGGUCAGUCGAUUUAGCGCUUCCGAAAGUGAAAUGGGCGUGCCCAACGACUCCGCGGAGGAACUCGCGACUCCGUAUCAUGCGUACCAUACACCAACGGAAGAUCGUAGCAGGUUUCCGCUUGUGACGACAGGUGGCUUACGGCAGAGUGAAGGUGAGAUGUUCUGACUCUGCUCGAAGUGAUGAGCGACGGCUGAAAAUCUCUUACGAGUCCUCUUCGUUGUAUUUGUACUGUGAUACCCCAAAUGUACUGUAUGUAAUCUAGUUGGUGGCAGAAUUUUGUAGGGAAAGGUAGUGGCAGUGUACUUAUCUGCGGUAAUGCCGCAUUGCUUGAUA